GGGCCGCGGCGCUGGUCGCGGGAGGCGGUGCCUGGAGUCAGCGCUGGAUCUUCUGCAGGCGCCAUGGAGAAGGUGCUGGUCACGGGUGGGGCUGGCUACAUCGGCAGCCACACGGUAUUGGAGCUGCUGGAGGCAGGCUACUCGCCUGUAGUCAUUGACAACUUCCAUAACGCCAUUCGCGGAGAAGACUCCAUGCCUGAGAGCCUGCGCCGGGUCCAGGAGUUGACAGGCCGCUCUGUGGAGUUCGAGGAGAUGGACAUCUUGGACCAGGCAGCCCUACAGCACCUCUUUAAGAAGCACAGCUUUAAGGCGGUCAUCCACUUUGCUGGCCUCAAGGCUGUGGGCGAGUCAGUGCAGAAGCCUCUGGAUUACUAUAGAGUUAACUUAACAGGGACCGUCAAGCUUCUGGAGAUCAUGAGGGCCCACGGAGUGAAGAAUCUGGUGUUCAGCAGCUCAGCCACCGUAUAUGGGAACCCCCAGUACCUGCCUCUGGAUGAGGCCCACCCCACCGGGGGCUGCACCAACCCCUAUGGCAAGUCCAAGUUCUUCAUCGAGGAGAUGAUCCGGGACCUAUGCCGGGCAGACAAGUCCUGGAACGCCGUGCUGCUUCGGUACUUCAAUCCCAUAGGCGCCCACGCCUCUGGGCGCAUCGGUGAAGAUCCUCAGGGUAUUCCCAACAACCUCAUGCCCUACGUCUCCCAGGUGGCAAUCGGGCGACGAGAGGCCCUGAAUGUCUUUGGUGAUGACUAUGCUACAGAGGAUGGGACAGGUGUGAGGGAUUACAUUCACGUGGUAGAUCUGGCGAAGGGCCAUAUAGCAGCCUUGAAGAAGCUGAAGGAACAAUGUGGUUGCCGGAUCUACAACCUGGGCACGGGCACAGGCUACUCCGUCCUGCAGAUGGUCCAAGCCAUGGAGAAAGCCUCAGGGAAGAAGAUCCCGUACAAGGUGGUGGCACGGCGGGAAGGUGAUGUGGCGGCCUGUUAUGCCAACCCCAGCCUGGCCCAUGAGGAGCUGGGCUGGACAGCAGCCCUGGGGCUGGACAGGAUGUGUGAAGAUCUGUGGCGCUGGCAGAAGCAGAACCCUUCCGGCUUUGGAGCGCAGGCCUGAGGACCUCCAUGGUCUACCGUGGACCGGAAAAGAGCAGCUACUGGCUUUCCAGUCUCCACAGGACCCUGUACCCUCAUGCUCUGGGGGCAAGCUGAGGCCACCCUACCUCAAAUGCCAGCUGUCUGCUCAGACGUCCAGGCAGGAGACCUCUAGUUCCGCUGACCAGAAAGGAGUCCGGGUCUUUCCAGCCUGUCACCUCCAGAGUCCAACAUCUCAUGUGAUCCCCAGAGCCUUGGGGAGGCCAGGGGUCUGGGACCAUAGCCUCCCCCAGGCACUGACUUAUCCUGCUAUGAUUAAGCUUUCCAAAGUAUUUAAAAUAAAAAUGUUUUCUUAUCGAG